AUGCAGUCGCACUCCUCGACAUCGACAUUGCUGGACGCAGGUAUCCUCUCGCGAUCCACGGCCGAGCUGGAGAAGCUGGUGCAGCCGAUCGUGUUGCCGAACAGCUCUCCCAAAGCCAAGUUCCAGAACUGGGGCAAAUCGUUCGUGAGCAGUCCCGCGAGAGUGUUUGCUCCUACCACCGUGGUACAAUGCGCCGCGAUCGUCGAGCUGGCUCGGCGUGAAGGUGCCCAGCUGCGUGCCAUCGGACGAGCGCACAGCCCUAGUGAUCUGCCGUUCACCACCGGCUGGGCGAUGCGCAUGGAAGGCCUGAAUGGCGUUGUUGACAUCGACCAUGCCGCAUACACCAUCACAGCUCUAGCAGGCACCUACAUCUCGGACGUCCAUGAAGCGCUCGACUCGGCUCAACCUCGCCUGGCGAUGUGCAACGUCGGCUCCAUCUCGGAACAGACUAUCGCCGGUCUCAUCUCUACCGCAACCCACGGCACCGGCAUCCUCUUCCCCGUCGUAUCAUCCUACGUCUCGCAACUCACCAUCCUCUGCCCACUUCCGCAAGGAACGCAGCAUCUUACAUGCAGCCGCGACCAGAACUCGGAUCUCUUUAAUGCAACCCUCUGCGGUCUGGGCUCCACCGGUCUCAUCACAUCGGUGACGCUGCGCGUGCAAGACGCGUUCAAUCUCAAGCAGUACUCGGAAGAGCUCACCUUUGAUUCGCUCUUUGGCUCCAAGAACGGCUUCCCUGCCGUUCCAAGAGCCUCCCACGUCAAUCCUGGAGCAUCGCUUGGUGGCCUUGUAAGCCAGACUAAGCGUCUGCCAGCGUGCUCGGAUAACUACCGACCGUCGUACCGCUCCGACGAUCCUAGCGAGAUCCACCCCAUCCAGACCGGCGCCAACAGAGAUGUCGACCAGCUGGCUCGAGCGGAUCCCGAGGACGAUCAAGAGACAAGGCAAGCGCAGCUGGCGUUGGAACAAGUCGUCGGCUCCGCCCAGCACGUUCGACUCAUGUGGUUCCCGCAAGUUCAGCGCGUCACCAUGCUACGCGCCAAUCGCUCAACAGAGAAAGUCUCGGCUCCUCCGUCUCUGUCGGCUCGCGUGAAGGCAUCGCUAGUCGGUCAUCGUCUCACCGAGUUCUUGCUCUAUACGUCGCGAUUCAACAGGUCCUGGUCGCCUCUGGCCGUGCGUUGGAUCCACGCUCUCACUCAUCCUGCUUUCCCCGAUGCAGAGUUGGCACAGCCAGCCGCCCCCACCCCUGGCAAUCGGAUCGGAGCGACGACAGAGGCACCAGCUGCUGAGCCCGCUGCCGAAUCAUCAUCAGCAGCCUCCUCCUCCUCCUCCUCCUCCUCCUCCACAUCGGCAGAGCAGGGCACUCGCGACGAGGAGCAGCAGCGUCUGAUCCGUGACAUAGGCCAGUCAUUUGCGCACAGCGGAAACGUCGGUGCCUAUGCAGAGGGUGAGCCGUCGCUGUCGUGGUUGCAGAGCAGCGUUCCUGCUGGCAAGUUUGAUGCGUUCGCACCCGACUCUCCCGCACCUCGUCCGCUGACACCCGGAAACCCCGUCUGGUCGGAAGUGGGCCGCUCUGAUCGUAUCUUCAACAUGGACUGCCUCUUCCCACAGUACACGGACGAGUGGGCCAUCCCCUUCAACCGUGCAGCCGCAGCGAUCCGAGCCAUGCGCGACUGGCUCGACGAAGAGGCCGCUGCCGCUGACGGCGACCGCAUCCACUUCCCCGUCGAGAUUCGAUUCACCGAUGCGGACGGUAUCUGGCUCAGCCACGCGCAGGGCCGUAAGACGUGCUACAUCGGCAUCGUCCAGUACCGCCCGUACAACCGUCCCGUGCGCUACCGACAGCUGUUCGCCAAGUUUGAAACGCUCAUGCGACACUAUUCCGGUCGUCCACACUGGGCCAAGGCGCAUUCGUGUUCGCCGACGGAGCUGUCGCAGCUCUACCCGCACUGGAACGACUUUUUGGCUACGCGACAGCGAUACGAUCCGGAUGAGGUGUUUGUGAACCCUUACGUAGGAAGGCAUCUGUUGGGUCGGAUCGGCGAUGGCAACGACACACGUGUAUUCAAGAGUCGCCUCUGA